AUGGCUCCCCAGAAAACACUCAACUGGGAUCCCUUACUGCUCAUCUCACAAGAAUGUCUUAAUCAUGGUUUCAUAAUUGUCGUCAUGCAAUGUCUUCAUUAUUUGACGCUUGCGACAUUAAUACCACCACUAUUGGCUGUUCUUGCGGAACCAACGUCACUCGAAUAUGAAGGUGGAAGUGCCAACGUGGGUAUGUUGAUGGAUUGGCGGGAGAUGGCCGGUAGGCCCAGCUUUCGACGACUACACGGCGAGGACCGCUGGAAUUCGUUCACUGGUGCUUGGAGUGGAGGCAAGAAAGUCGCAGAAGCUGCAUGGUUUGCUGGAAUGGACGAGCAUUCAGAUUCAUGGCGAGGUUGGAUAAUUGCCCUUUGUUGGAUGCUGGCAUCUGGAGCAGACAUAUAUUAUCUAUACGCCAUAAUCCGCCGACCACGCCUCGUCCUAGAUUUUUCCCUUACGCUCUUAUUCAACCAUCUAGUUCUCACAACAUACUACUCCGCCGCAAUACCGACAUCGCUCUUUUUCUGGGCCGUCAUGAUGUCUGGUUCUGCGUUGACAAUCAUCGUCGCAGAGCAGCUCUGUGUAAAGAGAGAGAUGACCGAAGGGCUGAUCAUCGCGACCGAGAUGCCCGACGGGGAAGAUAUGGAGAUGGGGAAUAUGAGAAGGGACUGA